AUGGUGGUAAUGGUGGUGGUGGUAAUGAUGAUAGCAGUAGUGUUGAUGGUGGUGGUGGUUGUGAUGGUGGUAGCGGUAGUGAUGGUAGUGUGGUGGCGGCGGUGGCAAGAUGGUAGCGGUAGCGGUAGUGAUGGUUAUGGUGGUAGCGGUAGCGGUAGUGGUGGUGGUAAUGGUAGUGGUGGCAGUGGCAUAUAUGAUGGUGGCAGUUAUGGUAGUGGUGGUAGUUGUGGUAGCGGUGGUAGUGGCAUAUAUGAUGGUGGUGGUUGUGGUUGUGGUAGCGGUGGUGGCAAUGGUAGUGGCAUAUAUGGUGGUGGUGGUUGUGGUAGCGGUGGCGGUGGUAGCGGUGGCGGUGGUUGUUGUAGCGGUGGCAGUGGCAGUGGCAAUGGUAUGGUGGUGGUGAUAGUAGUAGCAGCAACGAUGGUGAUGGUAGCAGUGGCAUGA